GCGGCGACACUUACUGACAUCUCAACUCUACCGGCUUCAAUUCUUUUUUAAAAAAUAUAAAUACAACCUAAAAUUCUGUAUUUCCGAAUAUUAUCACCUGUUAUCAUACACAUGUCGAUCUCAUCGCGUCCAGACAUUCAAUAUAAAAUCGACGAAACUUGUUACACUUUUAUUAUCAUCGAGUAUUGAGGAAACCAGUGGUUUGGAACUGAACGCGAAAAACUGAAAAUGGCUCUAUCAGGAAAAGUUGUGCUAAUCACUGGUGCAAGUUCUGGAAUCGGAGCAGCAACAGCCAUUCACAUGUCAAGCCUAGGAGCAUUGUUAUCAAUAACUGGACGCAAUGUUGAAAACUUGAAAAAAGUGUCUGACCAGUGCACAGGACCAAAACCAUUCAUCGUGGCUGGUGAACUCACCAAUGAGAAAGAUACUGAAAAUAUUCUUAAAUCUACGAUCGAUCACUAUGGAAAGUUGAAUGUGCUGGUAAACAAUGCUGGAACUUUGGAAAACGGAAGUAUUGAAAAUACUAGUUUGGAGCAAUUUGACAGAGUUUUCAAUUUAAACGUCAGAUCGAUGUAUCAUUUGACAAUGCUUGCUGUGCCGCACUUGGUGGAAACGAAAGGAAGCAUUGUCAAUGUUUCCAGUGUUAAUGGCUUAAGAUCAUUCCCAGGAGUUCUCGCAUACUGCAUGAGCAAAGCAGCAGUUGAUCAAUUUACCCGAUGCGUCGCUAUUGAACUCGCCGACAAACAGGUUCGAGUGAAUUCAGUGAAUCCCGGUGUAACUGUGACUAAUUUGCACAAAAACAGUGGAAUGAGUGAAGAACAACUGAAAAAUUUCUUCGAACGUAGUAAGACUACACAUGCACUUGGACGCCCAGGUGAUGUCAUGGAAGUGGCAAAGGCAAUUGCAUUCCUAGCUGGAGAGGAUGCUAGUUUUACUACUGGAGUGAAUUUCCCAGUCGAUGGUGGAAGACAUGCUUUGUGUCCACGUUAAUUUAUUUCUAAUACAGUUUUAUUAUGGUGACUUACGGUUCCUCGACAUUGAUUGAUCAAAUUCCACGAAAUAUUUUUAUAUCUUUAUAUAAUUCAUGAUGCAGAAUUUUCUAAAAAUCCAGGAAAUAAAAAAUAUUUUACACCCGAA